AUGGCGAACUUCAAAGAACUCCAAAAAACUUUAAAAUUCACAGAAGUGAUGUUCAAAGGAGGAAAGACCAUCCGCCAUGUCAAAAAGCCGCAAACCGACAAACAGAUAUACUUAGAAGCUCACGUCCAGAAGACUUUAGGGAUCGGACAAGUCGAACAAGCGGUCUUACUUCCUCCCGGGGAGGACUUGAAUGAGUGGCUUGCCGUCCAUUGCAACGACUUCUUCAAAGAAGCGGAACUUCUCUUUAAUUCCGUAGAAGAAGGAUGUACCCAAGAGACAUGUCCUAUGAUGUGCGCCGGUCCUUCGUUUGAGUAUCGAUGGAAAGAAGGGAAGGAAUUACAAAGUUUGUGUGCAAAGGAAUAUAUAAAUAAGUGCCUGGACUACGUCCAACAACAAUUAGACGACGAGGCGGUGUUCCCGUGUACCGUUGGUGUCCCUUUCCCCAAAAAGUUCCCCAAAGUCGUCCAAAUGAUCUUUAAAAGACUCUUUAGAAUCUACGCACAUAUUUACUUACACCACUUGAACCAAAUCACUCAACUCGAAGAAGAACCACACCUCAAUUCAUCGUUUAAGCACUUCAUCCUCUUCGCAGCAAAUUUCAACUUACUCGACAAGAAAGAAGUCGCACCAAUGAUGUGCGUCAUCAAACUGAUGGUCCCAUCGGUCGAGGCAAAAUAUAAGUAA